UCUGUUAGAAGAUAUAAGGCGACACACUCACCACGAGGACAUCCUUGAACUUUCCUGUUCGCCACCAUCCAAGAAAAUGUGUUAAGCAUCCACCAGACACCCAGAGACACUUCCAGUCCCCAAAAGAUGCUCCGUAUGUGGAAUAGUUGAUGAGGGCAACCCCUACAAGUGACUUCCUACAGCUACAUUUUUAAGGUAUCACUUCCCUUAAUCAUGAUUUGUGGUUUUAGUCAUUUAUGUCAUUAAAAUGCAAUUCUUAUGAAGGGAAUGUAAUUCUGCUGUAAUUACUACUUACAGCGGAUACAAAUAAUUGUAAUUAAUCAAAAUUAAUUAUUAAUAUACAUUUCUUUUAGUUAAUUUGCUGCAAUAGUAUAAAAUGCAAUUAAUUCUUGUGAUACAACACUGAAUUUUCAGCAUCAUUACUCUAGUGUUCAGUUCAUACAUAUACUGAUUUGCUGCAAGAAGCAUUUCUUAUCAUCGAUGUCAAAAACAGGUGUGCUGCUUUACAUUCUGAAAUAUUUAGUAUGCUUUGAUGAAUAUAAAUCAUACAAAUGAAUAAACCCUUACUGCGUAAUUGCACUUUUUCUGUGAAGACAUAAGUUAGAGUUACGAGGAAAAUAAUUGUACACGUAUCAACCACAAGUGAGUGUUUUUAAUCAGAAUAUUACUCACAAUUCACCGGGAUUCAACUGUUGAACACGAAGACGUCUGUGGUUUGUGGUUGGAAAGAAACGCUCGGCUGUGGUCGAUGCACACCUCUAUAAAAACAGCUUCACUUGCUUCUGAGGAGCCCAUCUGAACCGCGAUUCUGAAAGCUUUGUCUUCACAUCGGUUAGAGACCUUCUGCUAAGAUGCUCCGCAACAUCUUGCUUGUCGGCUUUCUUGUAAGCGCAGUCUGUGCAGCUCAUUGGGAAAUUCGUGAGGUGGACUCCGCUGAGGACCAAGAUGAAGGGAUCUCGGCUGACGUCACGCCCAAGCAGCAAAUCGGCGUUUGCAGUAUUUGCAAAAGUGUCAUGAAGGCGGUGAAAAAGAAACUCUCUGCUAAUGCUGAUGCGGAGGAAGUCAAAACCAAGCUGAACAACACCUGUGAAAAAAUGAAGUUGCUGAGCGGCCCAUGCAAGAAAUUAGUUAAGAAGUAUCUGCACUCUAUAGUUGAUGAGCUGAUGACGGAUGACGGGCCAAAGACCAUCUGUACUAAAAUUCAUGUCUGCAAGCCAAAACUACCACUAAAGGAGUUCAUUUUUAUGCGUGAUCGAUUGGCGAUUGACGAUGACGAUUUUGAAUGAUCAGUGGUUGUUUUGAAAGCAUUACGGUAAUAAAAUAUACGAAUAAAGCAA